CACCGCCUUUGAAAAUUAUUCUGAUUUUUUCUCUUUCCCACACAAAAUAAAACCCACCUCCUCCCAAGCAUGAUGGCUCUCUUGAAACCUCAAACACCACACAAAAUGCCAUUAGAAUCCGGAGACAGGCGCCUAGCUCGAACCCAAAACAACUUAGGGUCAAACCCACCGCCACAGCUGGCUGAGCCACUCACUUGCCCAAGGUGCCAGUCCACCAACACCAAGUUUUGUUACUAUAACAACCGCAAAGUUUCCCAGCCCCGCCAUUUCUGCAAGUCAUGCCGCCGCUACUGGACCCAUGGCGGUACACUUCGGGACGUCCCCAUUGGUGGUGGGACCCGCAAGAAGUCCAAACGCUCUCGCUCUUUUCCUUCUUCCAAUUCUACUUCGUGUUCCUCCACUAAUACCUCAAUUUCCACUUUGUCCACUGUGACCCAUGAGCCUGAAUCCUUGCCCGGGCUCGCUAAUCUUGACUCGGCGUUACCCUUGUUCAAGUUCGAGAGUUCAAAUAAUCUGAAUCUGAAUGAGAACCUCCUUGUAAGCGAAAAUGAAAAUUUCAUCUCGCUACUGAACUCGCAGCAGGGAUCAGGGUUCAUGGGGAUGGUCGACUACGAGCCAAGUUUUGGAUACGGAUUAUGGGAAGUGGGGGAUGGGUUUGGUGGUAGAGGGGGUUGGCCAAUGGGGUAUGUGAAUGGAGGUGCUUUGGAGUGCAAUACGUUGCAGGUAGGUGAUGUUGAAGGAGGAUGUGGGUUGGGGGACAAAGAUUGAUUUUCUUGGCCUGGUCUUGCAAUUUCCAGGGCAAGAUAAAGUGAUUUGUUUCUUUCCUACAUCGAGGAAAAGGUUUUCUUGAACGCUUUCUCUUUAUGGGUGGGGUUUUGGAUGUUCUGUUUAGCUUUAUUACAGGUUCUGUUUUAGUUUCAGUUGUCCUUUUCUUUUUGGUUCCUAUAGAUAGGUUAUGGCAUAGAAUAUGACUGGUAUCAAGUCUCUGGUUGGUAGUAACUUCUCUGUUCUAAUGGCUUUGUAAAGGUUUUUGUGUCUUUCUUGAACACAUCCAUGGAAUGGAAGAAGAAAAAGAGAUGCAUGAAUUGCUGUUUUC